UCUAAUGCCAUUAAUAGAUGCACCACCAAAACUUAUCUCUUUCUUAUCAUUAUUCUUCUUAUCUUCACCAUUUUCUUUCAAUGGCGCAGCGGCUCAACCGAGCUGCUAACGCGCUUGUCUCUUGAUAGUCCCACCAUUUGCGCAACCCGUAGCUCGACUCAGCUAAACUCCACAUCGUCGGAUCAUAAUGAAUCGACGACUAAGAGUACUACAAAUGAAAAGGCUCAAAUGAAGUCUUUUGACUUCUCUCAUAUUGGCGGUUGGAACUUCAAUUAUAAUGAAUCUUUUGUUAGACCCAAGAUAUCUAUUACUGGAACUACUUCAGCAGGGGUAGAAGAUAUUCUAGCAUGGAUCUUUUAUCACAAGGUUGUUGGCGUAACAAACUUCUUUCUAUUUGUGGAAGGCAAGGCUGCAAGUCCUACUGUUUCUAAACUCCUUGAUUCUAUUCCUGGGGUAAAAACAAUACCAAGAACAAGAGAACUAGAGGUGCAACAAGCUAACAGUCGAAUAUGGAAUGAAACUUGGCUUUCUAACGAGUUCCACAAGCCAUGUAAUCAUGCAUUAUUUGUGAAGCAAAACCUUAACAUGGAAAUGGCUAUAGUCAUGGCAAAGGAAGCUGGUAUGGAAUGGAUUAUCCAUCUUGACACUGAUGAGCUCCUACAUCCUGGAGGGACUCAAGAUUACUCGGUGCUAGAGUUAUUGGCCAAAGUUCCAAGUGAAGUUGACGCAGUUGUUUUUCUUAAUUAUGAAGGUGCCGUUGAGAGAGAUGAUGUUAAAAAUCCUUUUGAUGAGGUGUCCAUGUUCAAAAGGAAUAUAGUGCAUCUUCCAAUCAACAACUCCGACUUAAAAUUCUAUCUCUACAAGGAAGCAACCAAGCCAGGUAAUCCAAGCUAUUUCUUAACGUACUCAAAUGGAAAAUCAGCUGCAAGAAUUCAAGAUCAUCUUCGCCCUAAUGGAGCCCACAGAUGGAGUAACUACGACAAAGAUCUCAUAGAGUUAGAAAUCAGUGAGGCUGUGGUUUUGCAUUACACAUACACAAGGUUUUCCGAUUUGACUUCAAGACGAGAUAGAUGUAAUUGUAAGCCUACUCAAGAAGAUGUUAAGAGAUGUUUUUAUUUGAAGUUUGAUAGUUCCGCAUUCAUUAUUGCUUCAACAACACCACGACCAGAAAUGCUUCGAUGGUAUCAAGAACAUGUGGUGUGGGGUGAUGAAGAAUUGAAACGCAGACUAUUGAAGUAUGGUAUUUUGACAAGGGUUUAUACUCCAAUGGUUAUUAUUAAACAAUUAAAAGCAUCCCAAGUUUAUGCUUCCAUGAUCACUUCAGUAAAGGACAAUUCAAGCAGUCAUGAAUCUCAAGGUAGCUUAAAUGGGCCUUCUCUAGGCAUGGGCAUUUCAUCUCCACAAAAUUAA